UGCUUCCAUAAACCAUCUACGAAACGGCACGCGGAAGGCUUCGUAGCUCGCUGAAACUUUCUUGCGUUGGACUUAGCGUAAAGGUACUUCAAAAUGAACUUUUUCACUUCCUACAGCAGUAUUGCGUUAGUGAUGGGCUCUCUGACCUUCUUCCUCAUGACUUCACUAGUAGUUACAGCACCAAUGGAUACGGAAGAGGAGCAGGUGGAAAACGCUCUGAUAAGUAGACCAGAUAUGGUCGACAACGAUCUUACCUGGAAUGGUAUCAAUUCCGCUGCACUACGCAAAAUGCUUCUGCAAAUGGACGCUGAAGACAGAUUUGGAAUCAACCGUGAGAGUCGGUCGUGGCCACGACAGUCGCGUGGUUGGGGCGCCCGGAGUCUCGAGGGACAAAUCUCUCGCCCGUGGCGCGCUGACAAGCGUCAGGCACGCUUCAGACAAUGCUACUUCAAUCCCAUCUCCUGCUUCCGGAAAUAAACACAUAUCUACACGGCCUGUUUUCUUGAUGACCAUUGCCAACACGUCAAAAAGCUAGUUAAUAUAAUUAUGACUAUACAAUGUAAAUAAACAUUCUGCUGGAGUUAAUGAAACAAUCGUAGUACCUAGAAUGGUAUUUUUGUAAGGUUAGGUAAUUCAGAACAUGUUAGCUUUUAUUUUUGUUCAGUGCCUAUGUAAUUGGAUCUCACGGCACUUAGACGUAUUUUCUCGGUUAGUCGUAUUUCAUUGUAACGCACACGCCAUAAAAACAGUCACGUAUCUGUCUAAUACGGGCGUAACCUUUUUUCCCUGUUUUUAUUUCAACACGACUUACGAGAUACUCGCGUUCUCAACACAUUGUAAAACCGUAAAAGCCUCAAAUUGGUGCGACUUCGUUUCAGUAAUACCAUACGAGGUAUUUUUUAUAAAUGAUUCGAAAAAUUUUCUUGGCAAUGAGACCAAUUGUAUUAACACUUAGUAUAAGUGCAUUUACGUACCAAGAGAGAUUAUACAGACACCGUUUCAAAUGUUGACCAAGCUUGCAAAGGAUAAAUUGUUAUAAAGAGAAAGAAUAAUAUAUACCUAUUUCUAUAACCUAUUACAUUCUCUUUUACUAUAUAUUAUCUUUCUUCAUGUACCUACAUUUACUUAAGGAUGCAAUAGCAUAGAAUUCAUUAGAAGGCAGUUAUAAUUACUGAAUAAAAGUUGUUGUCUGUACUGUUUGUUUCCA